CCUGUUUAAAAUUUUAAGGGAAACUCGAGAGCAAUAUUUAAUUAUAGUAGUCGAUUAUAAUUAUAACAAAAAAAUGGCGUGGCCCGUGCCACCGGGUCAAUGGAACUCUGCUGUGCCAAUGGCAGCCGGGGCAGACAUGUCCAUGGGUUCCUACACACCAGAGCAAUGGACAAUGAUGCAGCAACAGAGCUGGCAAUGGGCUCAAUGGCAACAACAGUACGCCCAAUGGCAAAAUCAAUAUGGUGAUAAGUAUAACCAGCAGCUACAAGGUAUGCAAGCAAUGGGGCUGGCUCCACCCCUGCCGUCUGCUAAUGUUCCGCCACCGGCACCACCCCCACCAGAUAAACCUCCACCGCCUCCUCACGAGAAUGAUGAACCGCUGUUCAGUAAACCCAAAGGUCCGGAGCCAGUACCCGCUCCUAACACAAAUUAUGGAUCCAGUAAUGAUAGAAAUAAUUAUCAGAAAAUGCCUAGCGAAGAUAAGAAGAUGCAACCCGUCACAAAUACAGAGGCUUUAAAAAAACUGGCGGAGGAGGAACGAGUAUUCGACAUUCAAUUUCAGAAAUGGGAAGAAGAAAUAGAAAAGUGGAAAGCAGAAAAUGUUAACCAUCCAGACAAAAGAGCAUACAGCGAAUACGAACAGAAGUUUGAGGCUUGCCGUGCUCAAUUAAUGGAAAGGCGGGAACAGAUGAAGCUGAAAAGGGAUCGUCUUCUAGGUAAUAUACCUCAAUCAGCUAAUAAUACUAUUGUGGGGAAUAAACCUACUAGUAAUCCACCACAGCAGUAUAAUAAGUCAAACAACUACUCUAUGAGUGCUCCACCUGUUCAGCAUGGAUAUACUAAUAAUUCAGCUCGUCCAGGCAACAAUAGAAACAUGUCACAGUCACAGUCUCAAUAUAACAUGCCACAGCGUAAUUUUAAUAGAGACAAUAGAAAUGUAAACCAACAAGAGUCGUAUAACAACCAAUAUGAUUUGUAUAAUAAUCAUGACUCCAAUAACGAUUAUAUGCAGGAUGACUAUGGUACUGUGAUUGAAGAAGAUAGUAAUUUUCUGCCUUCCGGUGCAUCCGCCAAAGGUAUUCCUGGCUUGGAUUUAGUACCCGAGCAAAAUGAUGUAAUUGAAAUACCUGAUGAACAACAGCAAAACUCAAUUGAUUAUUACAAUCAGUCUCAAAAGAAGGCUCCAGAUUACUCUACAAUAUCACAGGGCAUAAAUAAUAUACUCGGAGAUGAGAAAAUUAUGAACAUUCUGUCUAUGGUGUCUAGUCAAAAUAUCACAGGAAACAAUCAAAACAAUUUUCCAAAUGUUAGUGCUAAUCUAAACCAACCACCACCUAAUAAUCAGUGGGGUAGAAAUGACAAUUAUAGGCAGCAGAAUGAAUUUAAUGUUCAAAAUGCACAGUACCCUCCGUCAAACCAGCAAAGCCAGUUUAAUAAUCCUGUGCAUCAGCAAGGAAAUUAUGAUUCAAAUGUGGACAACUAUAACAAUCAAGGAAAUGAGUAUGGAGGUCAGAAUGCACCUCGAAAUGUGCCCCAACCGCUUAUGCUAGUUAAUACACAAAUUAGACCUCCAAAUAUGCCCCAAAAACAUCCUGAAUAUCCCCAAGGACCAAAUAGGAGAGGUCCAAAUAUGCAAGAGAAUUGGGGACCUUAUCCAGAAGACCCUGGGUACAAUGAGGAGUAUGGAAUGCAAGAAAGGAAAAAACCCCUUAUACCAAACUUGCCACAGGUACCUCCAAGGGAGAGAGUGCAAGAACCCCCUCCGGUUAUGCCCCCAGUCAAACCAAAAUGGGUCACGGAGCCGUUGUUUGCUCCAUCUGUUAUUGUUGAGUAUGAACACAAACCACUGAGAUUAAAAGCUCGUGAAUUUAUGGAACCUGUGCACACAUUUGACUAUAACCAUGUGUCAAAAGAUGGGGAAAAUGUUAAUCAAAGAAAAUUUGAGGAAGAGGCUGAUGAGAUAUUUUCAAAGACAUUAAGACCAGUAGACAAAGACUGGGCUCGUGAAAAGAAUUCGAAAGACUACAGGGAUAAAUCAUCGAGAUUUGAGAGUAGAAAUGAAUUUGAUGUCGGAAGAGAUGUCUAUCACAGAAGACCUGAAGGCAGAAGGCAGGAAGCUCGCGAUAGAACAAAUAGAUUUGAAGAUCCUUAUAAAGAAAGGGAGUAUGACAGAACAAGAGAGCCCCGAGAUAGAGCAGGAAAAGAUUACGAAAGAGAUAGAGAUUAUGGACGAGAUAGAGAUUUGGGAAGGGAAAAAGAUUAUUAUACAAGGGACAGAGACUUGGGAAUGGACAGAAAUAGAGAUUUUGGAAGAGACAGGGAUAGAGACAGGAUCUAUGGAAGGGAAAGGGACAGAGAUGUUGGAAGGGAAAGAGAUAGAGACACUGGAAGGGAAAGAGAUAGAGACACUGGAAGGGAAAGAGACUUAGAUAGGGAUUUUGGAAGGGACAAAUAUAGAGAUAGGAGAGACAGAAGUAGCCACAGUAUGGAUAGAGAGAAACGUAAAAGAGGAUUGAGUAAGGAGAGUGAAGUUAGUAACACAUCAUCAAAGAAAGCAAAGACCGAUAGUGCAAGACCUAAGCACUUAGUUAUGAUUGAUGAUAUUUUAGAACAUCCAGGACGUGAUAUGAGGCCAGCGAAAAUAGUUAUUGUUUUAAGAGGUCCACCGGGAAGUGGUAAAUCAUAUCUGGCAAAACUGAUAAGGGACCGAGAGGCAGAGUAUGGUGGUACCGUUCGUAUCAUGUCCAUAGAUGACUAUUUUAUGCAGGAGGGAGAGGUUGAAGAGGAAGAUCCAGCUACUGGGAAAAUGGUUAAAAAACCGUUACUGAAGUAUGAAUAUGAUGAACAUUUGGAGGAAUCAUACAUCAACUCAUUGAAACGGGCAUUUAAAAGAUCUCUUACUGAUGGCUAUUUCUCCUUUUUGAUAUACGACGCAGUGAAUGACCAGUUGAAGGGCUACGCAGAUAUAUGGAACUUUGCUAGACAAAAUGGUUUCCAGGUUUACAUUUGCACCAUGGAAUUAGACCCACAAGUGUGUUUCAAGAGGAACAUCCACAAUAGGAAACUGGAAGACAUUGAAGUGAUCUGCUCUAGGUUUUUCCCAACGCCCGCUCACCACAUACAGUUGGAUGCUACCACGUUACUCCAGAACGCUUCGAUCACAGACGUACAAAUGGAGGAUGUUAGCAAUGAUGACGUUGUGGAAAUACCCGACGAGGAACCGGAGGUCGAAAAUAUUAUUUCGUCGAAAUGGGAGAAGAUGGACGAUGCCAACCAACUAGCUCGUCUCGACGGCACCAACAAACCCCUACGGCCAUCGCAGCUCUCAAUGGAAGACUACCUACAGCUAGACGACUGGAAACCCAACACGGCUAAACCGGGGAAGAAAACUGUACGGUGGGCCGACUUGGAAGAGAGAAGACAGCAAGAGAAGAUGCGAGCGAUCGGCUUUGUUGUCGGUCAGACUGACUGGAAUCGUAUGACUGACCCGACAAUGGGCUCUAGCGCCCUCACACAGACUAAAUACAUUGAACGCGUUAGACGAAAUUAGUAUAUUGCUAGUUGGAUGCGUCUCCACGUUGGCCUAUGAUGGAUCGAUACAAAUUAUUACGAACGUGUACAGGCGUCUAUUUGUCUAUGGAUUGCCCGUUGCUGACGUGAUUGUUAUAGGCUGCGCCAUCAUUAGUAUCCUUCAUGGUCUAAUUUGGAGGAUAGUCCUUAAAAUAGAUGUAAACGAAUCUAUUAUAAAUAUUAAAAUGUUAUAUCUAGUUUUGCACGAGACGAAACUUGUUACAUAAAAG